CCUCGUUCGCUGGCGAUCCGCCAGCGAACUGCCUCUCAACAACCUUGUCAAUGCGUUCUUCCUCACAUUGUUCUUCUUUGCAGCUUACUUCCUACUCUGCUGUUGGAGAGUUAACAUACAUGAUUAUGAAACGACGACGAUGCCUAUCCCUUUGUCUGAGAUCAUUGCUUUUUUCUCUCUUCUUGCCUCUCUUGUUUACUUCAUUGGGUUCUUCAGCAUCUACUUUAUUUUCCCACGUAAAUCUAAAGUAGAUGCUGAAGAACCUGCACUCCCCGCCACCUCAGACUAUGUGGAGUCUGUGGUGGUGAUGACUGACAAAUGGAAAAUUGAAGAGCAAACCACGGGGAAGUCCGUAGAGGGCCUGCCCGUGGAGGGUUUUGACUACGAGGCUGCGUUCAGGCAAUAUCAUGAGAUGGCAGUGGGGUACGUGCAGAUGCCUGUAGGGGUGGUGGGGCCCUUGUUGCUCGAUGGGAAGGAGUAUUAUGUUCCGAUAGCCACGACUGAGGGGUGUCUAGUGGCUAGCACCAACCGAGGAUGCAAGGCAGUGUACCAAUCCGGUGGGGCUUAUAGUAAGGUGUUUAAGGAUGGGAUGACUCGGGCGCCUGUGGCGCGGUUCGGGUCGGCUAAGAGGGCUGCUGAGGUUAAGUUCUUCUUGGAGGAUCCUGGAAAUUUUUAUGCCAUUGCUGGCAUAUUUACCAGAUCAAGUGGUAUUGUGAGAUUGCAAAGCAUAAAAAGUACAGUAGCAGGGAAGGAUUUGUACAUGAGGUUUAGCUGCAGUACAGGAGAUGCAAUGGGUAUGGAUAUUGUUUCUAAAGGUGUACAAAAUGUUCUUGCUCACCUUCAUGCCCACUUCCCUGACAUGGAUGUUAUCAGCAUAUCCGGAAAUUACUGCUCAGACAAGAAACCAGCAGCAGUGAACUGGGUGGAAGGCAGAGGAAAAUCAGUGGUAUGUGAGGCAACCAUAAAGGAAGAGGUGGUAAAGAAUGUGUUGAAGACAAGUGUGGAGGCCUUGGUUGAGCUUAACAACCUCAAAAACCUCGUUGGAUCGGCGAUGGCCGGGGCUCUCGGUGGAUAUAAUGCUCACUCUAGCAAUAUCGUUACUGCAAUUUUCAUAGCGACAGGCCAAGAUCCUGCUCAAAAUGUGGAGAGCUCAAAUUGUAUUACUAUGCUCGAAGCUAUUAAUCAUGGCAAGGACCUCCAUAUUUCUGUUACCAUGCCUUCUAUUGAGGUAGGCACAGUAGGAGGAGGGACCCAACUAGCAUCACAAGCAGCAUGCUUAAAUCUACUAGGAGUAAAAGGGGCAAACAAAGAGAAAGAAGGAGAAAAUUCAAGGGUUUUGGCAACAAUUGUAGCUGCUUCUGUUCUUGCUGGAGAGCUCUCUCUUUUAUCUGCUAUUGCAGCUGGUCAGCUUGUUAAGAGCCAUUUAAAAUACAACAGAUCUACCAAGCAUAUAUCACAACUUACUUCUGCUUGAUUAUUGUUCGCUAAUUAGAAUUAUGGACAAUCCUAAUUGAAUGUACGUGAAUAGUAAAAAACAAGUUGAAAUAUUGCAUGUAUUAAGAAACGACAAAAGUAUAUACGUAGUAAGAAACAUGGAAAAAAGUUUGUAAUUCAAUGUUGGUCUUUUUUUAUAACUUUUAACUAAGCUUACACAUCAA